AGAAGUACUAGUGUUAUAGUAAUCUGGUACUUAAGAAGCUCACAACUUGAGUUUAAUGCCCCACGCUAACAGAGAUGGACCCAACACUGCUCUGUCUAAUGUUCUUUGUUGUGGUCCAUCACAGUUCUGUUUGUGCCAAACCACAUCCUAGCAAUGGAUUACAGGAAUGCCGCAAGAACCUCAGCCUUCUGGCUCUGGAGGUCUUACCUGGUGGGGGCUGGGACAAUCUUCGGAACAAGGAUAUGGGUCGAGUCAUGAACUUCAGUUACUCCCAGUGCCAGACCACCGAAGAUGGUGUAUAUCUUAUUCCAGACGAGGUGUUUGUCAUCCCGCAGAAGACAACAGCUGUGGAGAGAAGCUCAGAUGUUUUUGAACACUGGCUAAAUCACACCAGCUCAACCUCACAAACCGUCAAAGCUGAUACUUCUUUCUUGCCGGUGCUCAGUGGAAAAUUCUCCUCUGACAGUCAGCAAACCAAAACCUAUCAAGUGCGGGACAAUUCUGUCUCAUCUCGUGUGCAGGUGAGAAACCAUAUAUAUACGGUGGACAACUAUCCUGACUUCACCCUGGACUCGCGCUUUAUAGAGCAAGUGAAAGAAAUAGCAGACGCACUGUUAAAGAACAACACUCGUCAUGAACUUCAGUUACUCCCAGUGCCAGACCACCGAAGAUGGUAA